UCCGCCCGUGUACUGAAUAGGGUCUUCUACUGCUUGCACGUGCCUUCCCGAAAUUGCUAAUGCAUAAGCAACUUAUAUGAACUCCUUUCGAUCCAUUGGCAGCACCACCUGAAAAACAUGGAGGGUCUAACAGGCGGUGCCGCCACCGAAAGUACCCCUCGUGCUCCUCCUCUACACACAGCUCAACGUCUCCAUAUUGUACCCUUCAACCGCAUCUUUGCCCUAGUUUACAUGUUUGCCAUCUUAGCUUUAUGUUAUCACCAUGCCCAAACACUUUACAACUCCACAACCCCAUUCUCUUUCUUUAUCACACUUGCCUUGUUUUCCUCUGACCUUGUUCUUGCUUUCAUGUGGUCAAGUGCUCAGGCUUCACGAUUAAAUCCAAUUAAACGAGAAGAAUUCCCUGAAAACCUUGACAAGGUGAUUAAAACAAGUGAUUAUCCAGCUCUAGAUGUGUUUAUAUGCACCGCGGAUCCUGCUAAAGAACCGCCCAUGAGUGUAGUGAACACAGCUUUAUCAGUUAUGGCUUAUGAUUAUCCAGUGGAGAAGCUUUCGGUUUAUGUAUCGGAUGAUGGUGGCUCUGCACUGACUCUUUUUGCUUUCAUGGAGGGCGCUAAGUUUGCUAGCUACUGGCUACCUUUUUGCAGGGAGAAUAACGUUAUGGAGAGGAGUCCUGAAGCAUAUUUUGAAUCAAAUUAUCUUCUUUCUUCUUCUUCGUCACAUGAGAUCGAGAAGAUUAAGAUGAUGUAUGAAAGCAUGAAAAUGAGAGUGGAGAAUGCUGUGGAGAGAGGGAAUGUUGAUGAUGAGUACAUCACCAGCGAUGAUGAACGUGAGGCUUUGAAUCAAUGGACACAUAAAUUCACUCGCCACACUCAUCCCACAAUCAUCAAGGUUUUGUUAGAAAAUAGCAAGAACAAGGACAUCAAUGGGCAUUUCAUGCCUAACCUUAUUUAUGUUUCUAGAGAGAAAAACAAGAAUUCACAUCACCACUUCAAGGCAGGAGCCCUGAAUGCCCUGAUACGAGUAUCAGCUGUCAUGACCAACGCACCAAUAAUCUUGACACUGGACUGCGACAUGUGUUCAAACGAUCCACGAACCCCUCUUAGGGCUCUAUGUUACUACUGCGAUCCUGAUAUGCGAACCAAAUAUGCAUUCAUUCAAUUUCCACAGCAUUUUCAAGGGACCAACAAAAAUGACAUCUAUGCUAGUCAAUUUAAACGUUUGUUUCUAAUUCAAGCCAUGGGGUUUGAUGGGAUAAAGGGUCCCAAUUAUGUUGGAACUGGCUGCUUCUUUUCUAGGGGAGCUUUCUCUGGUGGCCCGUCAAGUUUGAUCUUGCCAGAAAAUCCUGAGGGCAGUCCAGAGCAUGUGGCAGAUCACAAGUCCAUACAAUCACAAGAAGUUCUGUCAUUGGCAUAUCAUGUGGCAGGUUGCAAUUAUGAGAACCAAACCGCAUGGGGCUACAAGAUGGGCUUUCGAUAUGGGUCCUUGGUCGAGGACCUCUUUACGGGCUAUCGGCUGCAUUGUGAGGGCUGGAGGUCCAUAUUUUGCAACCCAAGUAGGCCAGCAUUUUUGGGGAAUGCACCAAUCAGCCUGACAGAUUUGUUGAAUCAGCAAAAGCGCUGGGCAGUCGGUGUCCUUGAAGUUGGCUUCUCAAAGUAUAGCCCACUUAUCUAUGGCAUCAGACAUUUGAGCCCUCUCAUGACACUUACUUAUUCACAGUAUGCGUUCUGGUCCAUCUGGUCCGUUCCAAUAGUCAUUUAUGCUUUUCUUCCCCAGCUCGCCCUGCUCAGCAAAGUUUCUAUAUUUCCAAAGUUUUCAGAACCAUGGUUCCUCUUGUAUGGAUUUCUUUUCCUUGGGGCAUAUGGACAAGAUCUUUUAGAUUUUUGCUUGGCUGGAGAAGGAACAAUUCAGAUGUGGUGGAAUGAUCAAAGGGUUUGGACAAUAAGAGGAGUAACGUGCUUAUUAUUUGGGUCUAUUGAGUUCUUCCUCAAAUGCUUAGGCAUUUCAGCACAAGGCUUCAACGUGACCAGUAAAGUAGUUGAUGAUGAGCAAAGUAAGAGAUAUGACCAAGGUAUUUUUGACUUUGGAGUGUCAUCGCCUAUGUUUGUGACAUUAUCAAUGGCAGCAUUGAUCAACUUAGUUUCAUUUAUUUGGGGGAUAGCACGAUUGGCCAAGGGCCACAAUUUUGAAGGACUGUUAAUCCAAAUGUUCAUAGCAGGAUAUGGGGUUGUGAAUUGCUGGCCAGUCUAUGAAGCUAUGUUCUUGCGGAAGGACAAAGGUAAAAUGCCUGCCAAGAUUACUGUCACUGCAGCAUUUCUUACAUGGGCCCUUUAUAUCAUAGCUUCUUUCAUUUUCAAGUGACAAGUGUUUGUUAAACCUUCUUUGCAUUUCUGUAUUUUAUUUGAUGCGAAAGAGGAAUAUGUGUACAUUGUCAUACUACAGCGACAGUACUCUCCUCGUAAUAUUAGACAAAGAUUGUGUACAUUUGACCUUUUCUAGAGUCAGCCUAGAAUGCGCCAAGCCUAAGGGAUUGAGAUGUUCCUGUC